AUGGCGGCAGCGAUCUUGCAGCAGGCGGCCGGCGGCGCCCUCAUGGGCGCGUCGUCCCCGGCGGCGGCGGACUUGGCGUGCCGGGCGGCCGUCAUGGCGGCGCCACGCCUCCUCGGCCUCAUGCAAAGGAACUACCACUCCUCGGCGCCGCGCGCGCCCCUGCACCGGCCAGCUGCGGCGGCAAUCGCCUCCGGGUCCCGCGGCCUCUCGUCCUACGACAAGUACGCCAGCCAGCUCAAGGAUGAGGAGGAGGAGAUGAGGACGAAGAAGCAGCUGGCGGUGGCGCUGAUGAACGACACCCCGAGGAGCAGCGGCGACGGUGACCACGGGGAGGAGGUCAAGAGCGUCAGCAACCUCCUCUCCCUGCUCGGCGCCCCCGCCCCCGCCCCCACCAACGGCCCCACGGCCGACCAGCUCGCCAAGCAGCUGCUGAACGAGCGCCGGAGCUUGCUGGAGAAGAAGAAGAACGCACUGCUGAUCGAGCUGCUCAACGGGGACGGUCACGGCAGGGAUCACAAGACGGCCGAGGUCGUCGCCGCCGCCCGCCAGCUCCUGGACGACCUCGCGGCGUACGAGGAGCGCCGCGCCCACAAAACCUUCUCCGCGGAGCUGAAGGGUCUGCAGAAGAUGGUGGAGGCCAACAGGCUCAAGGCCGAGGCCGACAACAGGAGCGCGAUGAGCUCGAUGGAUCUAGUCAAGGCGCAGGUCCAGUCAACUAAUGCCACCGUCCACUCUUACCGCGCGGACGUGAAGCGGCUAGAGGCUGGGGUGGCAGAAGCCAGAUUAGAGGCAAAGAUGGCUGGCGAAAUCGUGGACUCUGUAAAGAAGAUAGUGGGGACGUUGCAGGGGUCCUACGGAGAUUUGUCGAAAUCAACGGAGUCGGCUAAGAAUCUCUCGUGCUUCGUGUUCUGGUGCGGCGCCCUGAGCGGAUUGAGUUAUUAUAUGAAUUAUUAUUUAUGAUUGAACUAGUUGAGGGCCGCCUUGCAAGCUUUGUUGGUGCCGUGAGAGACAUAGGUACCAGUAGAUCGAUCGAUCGAUCGGGAAAUAUAUACGUCGUGUGUUGAACUCAGUUUUGCCAGUUUUAUUAAGGUCGUGGUGCUUCUUCA